AUGCCAGGGGCAACCCGAACUGCAUACGCGAUACACCUGCGAUACCGAUCAGCUACUCUGCGUGACACAGCUAUACUACCCGUGAUGGUGCCAACCUACUUCGAAAACGUGAAUCACUUCACCACCUUCCUCAUAGCCUACACGCAUACGCUCCUCUAUCUCCGCGCCAUCUACCCGCGCACCUCCUUCGUCCAUUCACGCUUCCACAACACGCCCGUCUACCAAUCGCGGCACCCGCUCGUUUGUGAAUGGAUAGCCGAUGCCGUCACUGCUGUGCGCGAAGAGCUCUUGAAUGGAAGCGUGUCAAGGCUCGCCAUUGUGAUAUUCAACUACAAGGCGGGGAAGCAGGGCGCCAUGGUAAAUGCCAGGAUAAUGGAGAGGUAUAUGUUCGACGUCAGUACUUUUCCGGUCAUCGAUAAAGAUGAUCAGAACAUGGAGAUUAUGUGGAAGGGCGAAGGAACACCCGACGGAUCUGAUGACGAAGAGGGUGACGAAGAAGGUGACGAAGAGGGCGACAAAGAGGGCGACAAAGAGGGUGACGAAGAGGGCGAUGAAGAGAAUAACGAAGAGAACAACAAAAAGAACAACAAAGAGGAGGAAGAAGAGGACGAAGAAGAGGACCACGAAGAGUGUGAAGAAGAGGACAACGAAGAGGAUGACGACGGAGUCAUGAGAGAACCAAGGGAAAAAGAACUAGAUUCAUAUGUCGAUGUCGACCUCUCUGAGCAGUUCCGCGCUGCUUUGCUUGCAUUGACUAAUCGCACAUCAGUCCUCGCUCCUCUACCGCCGAGUUGCUCGUUCAAUAUUAGUAUGGAGCUCAAGGAUGAGAGAAACAUUGAUCCGCCGAUUAGACAUCUACAGCCCUGGAUUCCAGCCCAACCUAGCUUGCAGAAGAUGGGUAGAAACGAGGACGAGGCUGUCGAAGUAGGGCGACAGAAAGGCAAGGAAGGAGUCGAUCUGGGCGGUGUCCGGAUUCGAGACAUGGGUAGAAGAAGGCAAAGCCAAGUUUGA